GCCACAACACUUCCGGUCCAGCUGAGAACAACACGGAAGCGAACGUCACCAGCAAAGCGAGCAUAAAUGUCCUCUGGAGCUCCUAAAGGGGAGAACUGUGAGGUGGACAUGGAUAGUAAAGGAGGAGACCUGUUCAGUGCUGAGGACGCCUUCCCCACAGGCACAGGUGGAAAUGGGAUCAUGUCCAAGCUGUGGAUGCCCAAAGGCUUCUCCGCUGGGAUGGCUAAAGAGUGGCUGGACAAGCGGCGCGUCUCCAUUCGACCCUGGGCCAGUUUCGUCGACCAGCGGAAAUUUUCCAAACCUCGAAACUUCGGAGAGCUGUGUCAGAGAGUGGUGAAGAACGUGGAAGUCUACAACAGCAACUACACCUUCAUAUUCCUGGGACUUAUCCUGUACUGCAUUAUUAGCUCUCCCAUGCUGCUCAUCGCCCUGGCUGUGUUCGCUGGAGCCUUUUACAUCAUUCACCUGAGGUCUCUGGAGAAGAAGCUCGUCAUUAUGGGCAAAGAGCUGGCCCUGCCUCAUCAGAUGAGUCUGGCAGGCGCCGUCUCGCUCCCUGUUUUCUGGUUGGCCGGUGCUGGAGCUGCAGUUUUCUGGGUCCUCGGGGCGACGCUGUUUGUGAUUGGCUCCCACGCUGCGUUCCGAGAGUUGGAGGGCUCGGACCUGGAAGAACUCCUCAUGGAGCCGGUGUGAAGAGCAGACCCGGCCUCAGUGGGAGACGGUCAGUGAUCAGGCUUCAAAUACACACCGCAAUCAAAAAGACCGUAGGGGACGGACGCGGGGGAGGCGGCUACAGCAACAUAUUUCUUCUUUUCUUGUGUGUAACCUGCAUCUUCUGAUCUGUCCUCACAUAACGUCAACUUCAGAGCCGCAACGUUAAUAGCAACUCGACCAAAAACAGCUCAUUUAAAUGGGCUAAAUCGGAAAAUCGCAAAUAUUACAGUUCCAUAAGUGCCCAAACGUCCUCUGCAAAACCAGCUAAAUAUAUUUUCUUAAUUUAAACCCUGAAGUUCAAACCUCUACAAACAUUAGCAGUUCAUAUUUAAGUCUAAUUCCAAACGAUAACGCAGCAGGAUGUUUAAAACUGCACUUUUUGAAUAGAAUUUGACUGUUAAAACGUGAAUUUCAAAUGUAAAAAAAGCAACAAAAAAAUUAAUCUGUUAUUUUUUCCAAAUUCGUUGAGCCCUUCUGACAUUCUUCACAUUAUUUUUCCUGUUACUGAUUUUAUUUUGAAUUUAUUUGAGUACCAAAAUGAUGUUUUUUUUUGUCAUAUUCUGGCCAAAAUGUUUUCUUUUAUUAACUAUAACAUGUUUAACUCUGCUCUGCUCUUGUGUAAAUGCUUCUGCAAAAUAUAUUUAACUUGAUCAGUGCUGUUAAUUAAUACACGGUCAGUGAUUUUUAAGUACACACCGCAAACAAAAACACCAGAGUGAAGGAGCCACAGACUGAAGACGUGGACUAAGUGUGUGAGUGUGAGACAGGAAGUGCACUCACGAUCACUUCCUGUUUGGAACGCGUCGGUUAGCACGUUAGCCAUGUCCAUUUAUACAAACAGUCUGUGGGAGGGAACAAAACCUUUUAUUAUUUUAUUUUUUCUGUGUUUCCUUUUUCUUGUAUUAAUUCUCACCUCAUGCCAAGAACCUUUGCAGCCUCCAGCCUUUCCUCUCAAACUGUUUACAUUUUAAUUUUAAUUCAAUUGAAAAUAAUUAUCGUCAGUCCAACGUUUAAAAUUGAAAUGAUCUGCUUUUAAUUAAUAUAUUAAUAUGAUCAAACAGACCUGGAGUUGUGUGUUUUUGUUUCAUUCUCACAUGUUUAACGCACAAACACACCUGCAGAUUUAGGCUUUAGUUCUUCUCUCAAACUGAAAAAAACUCUGUCCCACCUUGUGAUGUCAUCAUGUGGUGAUACAGGAAGUGCCGCGCUGUGUUUUUAAACUCAUUUCUAGAAUCAUUUGGAUAAUUUCAGCUCUGGAUUUGCAACUUUCUACUGAACUAAAGGUAAAAGGAGCUGUUAAACGUGAAAACUGACGCACACAUCCCAAAAAAAGGACUAUUAUUUAAUUAAAAUAUUAUUGGCGGCAUAAAAAAAAAGCCAUUACACGCAAAUGGCACAAGGAAAUCUCCCUACGCUCGGCAACUGGGAGGACACUGUGGAAGAAAUUCAUGUUAUAGAUUUACACAUAUUUUAAGUUUACAAAAAGAAAAAUAUGAAGAGCACUGGGAAAAAUGGAAAUUGUAUUUAAAUGACAGCUGAUCGAUUUUUCAUUGUUUUAUUGUUAUGUCUUUGGAAAACAAUAUAAUCCAAAUUUUAAAACAAACUGAAACUAUCACUUGAUGACAUCACAAGGUGGAACGUCGCAUUUUGAGCUUUGGAAAUGUAACGGACUAAUAAUAAAGUGUGAAUGAAACAAAACACAACUCCAGGUCUGUUUUUGAUGCGAUAACAAUGUUUUAACAUGACUUAAAGCUACAAUUCUAGUUAUAAAAACGUAUUUUAAGCAGAUCAACAGGAUUAAUUCAUUCGUUUUUGUAGAUCAUAAGAUUCCCCAAAAAUGAGUGCCAAAACUGUCAUGAUGUCGUCUCAUUACUGACGUGAGAAUGAAGCUUUGAGCGUCUAAAAGUGUGAUAUAAAAAUGUACCUAAAGGGUUUUAUUUAUCAAACAUCCGGCCGAUUCUUCACAGUAGGUCAAAGGUUAAGCACCAAGAAGGUCAGUUUAUAAAACUUGAAAAUCCACGUUCUCGUUUUGUUUUUUGACGGGUUGUAAAUUUGUGGAAAUGCAAUUUGAUGUGCAAUAAACUCAUCACAAAAACUC